CGCAUUGGAGACAGUGAAAAGUUAAAUGGGAAGUUAAAUUUAGGACGGAGUAUAUAGAUUUGAAAUAAAUUGUGCAAGAAUUGAGAAUGGCGGUGGUCAUACUGUGCUCCCGUGUGGCAACCGCGACAAUGGCGGUGGUCAUCUGUCCGGAGGGCCAUGAACAAACAUCCAAGUUUCUGCCGUCAAGCUUGCGAUCGCCGAUCCGGCGGAAUUCCCGUCGUCUGAUCAGCACCCUCGCUAGCGUCUCUUCUCCCCCGCCAUCUCCGCAGCUGCUCUCGAAUUUCCCGCGCCUCUCUCUCCUUGCCGACAAAUGUACCUCUAUGUGCCAAUUGAAAGAGAUACAUGCCCUAAUGAUCACCACCGGCCGUAUCCAUGACAACUACGCCGCCAGCCGGUUAUUUUCCUCCGCCGCUCUUUCUCACGCCGUCGACCUUAAUUACGCGCUGGAAAUUUUCGGAAGGCCGGAGUUACACCGGGUGUUCAAGUUCGGGUUGCAUUUGAAUUUGCAUUCAGCUAAUGGAUUGAUUCGUGCGUACUCUGUGACUGCUGGUUUGGACCAUGCCCGGAAGCUGUUUGAUGAAUUUCCAGAGAAAGGAACAACAAUAUGGACAACGAUGGUGUGUGGGUAUGCUCAAAAUGAUGAAUCCGGGAAUGCGAUUAAGUUGUUCGAGCAAAUGGUUGAUAAUGGAGUGGAGCCCAAUGGGGCCACUCUGGCAUCUGUGCUAUCGGCUUGUGCACAGGCUGGUUGUUUGGAAAUGGGGAAGGAAGUUCAUGUAUAUAUGGUGGAGAGAGGGAUGGAAAUGGGAGUGAUUUUAGGUACUGCAUUGGUAAACAUGUAUGCAAAGAAUGGAGCGAUAGUUGAAGCUACAACAUGUUUCUUUAGUAUGAGGGAAAAGAACAUUGCAACUUGGAAUGCAAUGAUCAGUGGGUUGGCAGCUCAUGGACAUGCCAAAGAAGCAAUUAACUUGUUCAAGAAGCUAGUGGUGGAGAAACAUUUGAAGCCAAAUGAUAUUACAUUAGUAGGGGUAUUAUCUGCCUGUUGCCAUGCCGGAUUCUUGGGUUAUGGUCGUAAAGUCUUCAACUCCAUGAAACAAUUGUAUGGCAUAGAGCCCAAACUAGAACACUACUGCUGCAUGGUCGACCUUCUAGGCCGAUGUGGAAAGCUCUUGGAAGCCGAGCAGUUGAUCAGAAGAAUGGUUUGGCCGGCUGAUGUGGUCAUCUGGGGAUCCCUGCUAAGAUCCUGCCAGAGCCAAGGGAAUAUACAAAUUGCAGAAAGGGUGGUUAAAGAGAUUCUUCGUUUGGACCCCAACAAUCAUGGUGUUUAUGUUGGUUUAUCCAAUAUGUAUGCAGAGUGUGGAAGAUGGGAUGAUGUUUUACGGAUACGGGAGGAAAUGAAACAAGGCAGCCUGAAGAAAACAUCUGGAUGGAGUUAUGUAAAUAAGUAAAGGGUUGUUUAUGAUUUGUUGUCUGAACCGAGUUGCGGCACUCUUUUCUUGGGAUUAUCCCAAGACUUUCAUCUGAACAAUCAUUGUGUUACUUCUAAUGUGUUCUAAAGUGGUUUGCUAUGAAUGAAAGAAGAAACUUACAACCUCCAAUCUCACGAAAGCAAUGGGGAGAUCUUCUGGUGCCGUCAGUAGGUCAUAGAGCCGUCAGCAGCACCAGAGAGGCUUCUUCCUAUCCUCUAGGCUUAUGAAAUGGGCAAGCUCUAGAGCUGGGGAAUAUG